GUACGUACGCACAUACAAAUGUUUAUGAAUAUUGUCGAAAUCAGUCCAAAACUUCUAUUGCAUUCAUUUAUUAUUAAUGCUUUAAAAUUAAAAAAUUAGUCUAACGCAGCAAUGAUUUCCGAAGAAGACCCCAUUAAGAAGGAUAGUUCUGUACGGGUGGCUGUAAGAAUUCGACCUCAGAAUUCAAGAGAGCUCAUGGAUAUGUGCCGCAUUUGUACAUCAGUCACUAUUGGAGAGCCUCAAAUUCUUCUUGGGUCGGACAAAGCUUUCACUUUUGACUUUGUAUAUGAUUGUUCUUCAAAACAGGAUCAAAUAUAUGAUGAAACCGUGAGGGCAUUGGUUGAGAGUACGCUACAAGGCUAUAAUGCUACAGUACUUGCAUACGGCCAGACGGGAUCAGGGAAAACAUACACAAUGGGAACUGGAUUUGACCGCGAAUCCGAUGACGUUAAACUUGGCAUUGUACCUAGAGCGAUUCAACACAUAUUUGCUGGUAUCGAAGAUUUUGAAACUACUGCCAGUGAAAUGUCGCCUGCCAAUGGAAAUCCACAGUUCAGCCUUGCUGUUCAAUACAUUGAGCUGUACAAUGAGGACAUCUUCGAUCUCUUAGACCCAUUUAAUAAAAACACUAGUUUUAAAAUUCAUGAAGCAGCCAAUGGACAAAUCGAAAUAACUGGGGCAUCUAUAAAGCCAAUUAGCCAUCCUCAAGAUGCAUUAAAAUUCCUUCAGCAAGGUGCCUUAGCACGAACUACUGCAUCAACGAAAAUGAACGAUCAGUCAUCACGAUCGCAUGCAUUGUUUACAAUAUUUGUGCGCAGGCAGCGUUUACUUACGCCUACAAACGAUGCUUUGGAUAACGACCUAGAAACAUUGACUUCGAAGUUUCAUUUUGUCGAUUUGGCUGGUUCUGAACGCCUUAAACGGACUUUGGCUACGGGAGAACGUGCACGUGAAGGCAUCUCUAUCAAUUGUGGACUUUUAUCUUUAGGAAAUUGUAUUUCAGCGCUUGGUGAUAAAUCCAAAAGAGCGUUACAUGUGCCUUAUCGCGACUCCAAGCUAACACGGCUACUACAGGAUUCUUUAGGUGGCAACAGUCGGACUUUAAUGAUUGCAUGCGUAUCGCCAAGCGACCGAGACUUUAUGGAAACAUUAAACACAUUAAAGUAUGCAAACCGAGCGAGAAAUAUUAGGAACAAAGUGCAAAUCAACAAAGAUCAAAGUUCUCGAACUAUUUCACAGUUGAGAAGAGAUGUUUCAGCUUUACAAUUGGAAUUACUAGAAUAUAAACAGGGUAAAAUAGUAGUGGACUGCGACGGAAAUGCUACACGCUCGGACACGUUUAAUGAAAAUAUUCUGCUCUUAUCAGAAAACAAACGAUUGAAGCAACGUCUUAAUUCGAUGCAAGAGACAAUUAACACAUUAACUGAUCGAAAUGCGCAUCUGAAGCUAGAAAAAGAUCUAAAUAAAUGGUCAUAUGAUCCCAAUUUAGAUUUAGAUAAAAAUAAUGUUGUUGAAUAUUACAUUAAAGAAAUCGAAAAACUAAAAGCUAAAUUAAUAGAAUCUAAAGAAAUGCAAAAUCAACUGAAAAAUUAUAUCGGAAAAUGGCAGCCACCACUUAAAAAUGUUUAUAACGGUAAGCAUAACCAAAUUCCAAUUCUAGAUAAUUGUAUUUUUACUUCAAUCCUAUCCAAUCGUAUCCAGCAGAUCAAGGAAAUAUUAUAAACUUGGCAAAAAAAAGGCUUGGAAAGGGAUAAAGAAUUAUUGAUGUCGCGUUCCUUGCCAGGGAUACAAAACCAAAAUGACAGAUUGGAAGAUUCUGAUAUUUCCAGUAGCGAUUCGGAAGGAGAAGGAGCAGUGGCAGACUUGAAUGACAUUAACUCAGACAUUGAAAUUAAAAGUAAAUUAAUUGAGCAACUCGAGCUGUCACAGGAAAGAAUGGAACUUAUGCGUCGGCACUAUGAAGAAAAACUCACUGUGCUAAAUUGUAAAAUUUUGAACACCCAAAAAGAACGAGAUGAGUUCUUGACAAAUAUGGUUUCAUCUACAUCAGUACAAUCGAAAGAUAGUUUAAAAAAGAUGAAAACUGAUUAUGAGCGCAAGAUCACAAAUAUGCAAAGUGAACUCAAACGAUUGCAGCACGCCCAGACAGAACACAUUCGACAGCACAGAGAACUUAAAUCACAAGGAGCAAGAAUAAAUACCUUGCGAAUCGAACUGGAACAAUUGAAGUUCACUAAAGUUAAAUUGAUGAAAUCAAUUUCAGAACAAUCUAGUCGACACAAAGAAGAGGAUACUAAAAAAUCAAGAACAAUUUCAAAACUACAAGAUGAUCAGCGUCGACAAAAAAAUGCAUUAUUAUCUUUAAAAGAAAAAAUUAAUGCCAAAGAUCAAAUGUUAAAGCGAAAAACUGAAGAGGUAAUUGCCCUGCGUAAAAGUCAAAGAGGCCGAUUAAGCCAAAGAGGGGCUUUCAAUUUGGUAUCAAAAGUCGGGAAAUCCACUCGAUCCACCCAUCAGCAAUGGGAAAAGUUGUAUGGCUUCAUUUUACACGCCGCAAGAACAAGGCAACUAAUCACACAAUUGGAAAAGGAAUUGCAACGCUUAAUAUUGGAACGGGAAGAUCUUUGUCGUGAGCUGAAAAUAAUGCAAAAUGACCAAAACAUGGAUAAGACAUCUGAAGACUUCAAUGAACAAGACAGCUUAAAGACCAACAUUAGGUAUUUACAAGAAACCAUAGAACAUGUACAGCAAGCCAUAAUGGAAUUUGAAGACAGUAAAGACACUGCUCAGAGUGGCAUAUAUAAGAUACAGAAUUUUUUGGACAAUAUUAAAACUGUUGAAGAAGCUAAAUAUAUUCUUCAAAAGCUUUCCGACAGUGCAAUUAUACUGACAUGUAAUUUGGCCAUAGCGGAGACCCAUUUGCAGGAAACUGAAUCUCUCCUUCAAGAAGCUCAACAAGAGAACAGCAUACAGCAUCAGAUAUUACAACAUUUCCUGUCGCAAAGCAGUAAUAUGCAUAUAUCUGAUGUCUUUGUUUCUUUAAAUCUCAAAAGCAAUAGAAAUACAUUGAGUCACAGUUCUCAAAAGUCGUUAAUAAGUAGUGGAACAUAUGAUAUACCAAAGGAGGAUAUAUUUGGAGACUCUAAACAUAAAGACACAACAGAAAUAAGUAAUAGAACCCCAUCACCUUCUGGAAUCGACACCUUACCGGAUAUUUCUUCCAAAAUACGACGCCGCACUGCUCAGAAACAAGAUCUCCUUUUUGGGGACAAUACAAUUCCACCCAAGACUGACAGAAUGUCACGUUCUUACACACAAAAUGAUGUCAUCUGUGAUAAUCCGCUUAUGCGAGUUUCAAGUACUCCAGGAUCUUUAUAGAUAUAACACGUACAAGAUAAGUGCCUUAAAUAAUUCAUAAUAAUUGUAUGCAACAAAAUGUAACCUUUUUAAAAUGUGGAAUUAAAUCGCUUAUUUGCUUUUUA